UGGGCGCAUGCUCGGUUUGGGUGGGUGGUGGAGGUUGAGGCGCCGCUUCCCCUUCCGGCUGGCGCUUCGCUUGGUCCACUGGCUCCUGUCAGUAUGGUGGCAGGGAGGAAAGAGUGGCGGAGCCGGCUACUGUGGACAACAGUAGUUGCUGCAUUUAUUCUUGCUAUAGAUGCAUCUUUUGUGGAAGACUUAGAUGACUCGUUUAAAGAGAACCGUAAAGAUGACAUUUGGCUUGUAGAUUUUUAUGCUCCUUGGUGUGGCCAUUGCAAGAAGUUGGAGCCAGUGUGGAAUGAAGUUGGUAAAGAGAUGGGAAACACUGGUUCUCCGGUAAAAGUUGGGAAGAUGGAUGCAACUUCCUAUUCUAGCAUUGCCUCUGAAUUUGGAGUUCGAGGCUAUCCAACAAUUAAGCUGUUAAAGGGUGACUUGGCAUACAACUAUAGAGGACCUAGGACCAAAGAUGAUAUUGUUGAGUUUGCAAACAGAGUAGCAGGACCUGUUAUCCGACCCCUCCCUAGUCAGCAGAUGUUUGAACAUGUGCAAAAGAGGCAUCAUGUAUUUUUUCUUUACAUCGGUGGAGAAUCGCCAUUAAAGGAAAAAUACAUAGAAGUUGCUUCCGAACUAAUUGUUUAUACCUACUUUUUUUCUGCCUCAGAAGAGAUACUACCUGAGUAUGUGACACUCCCUGAGAUGCCAGCUGUUAUAGUCUUUAAAGAUGGAACUUAUUUUGUAUAUGAUGAAUAUGAAGAUGGUGAUCUAUCAUCCUGGAUAAACAGAGAGAGAUUUCAGGGGUAUCUUAAUGUUGAUGGAUUUACUCUCUAUGAACUUGGAGACACAGGAAAACUUGUGGCUAUUGCAAUUAUUGAUGAUAAAAAUAUUUCUGCUGAACAUAUGAGGAUGAAGUCUAUUAUUCAGGAUGUUGCCAAAAAUUACAGAGAUCACUUUCACAGAAACUUCCAGUUUGGCCAUAUGGAUGGAAAUGAGUACAUUAAUAGUUUACUAAUGGAUGAUCUGAAAAUUCCCACUAUUGUUGUAUUGAACACAUCCAAUCAGCAGUAUUUCCUACCUCAUAAACCCAUUGAGAGCACCGAAGAUAUGGUUCAGUUCAUUAAUGAGAUCCUGGAAGGCACUGCAGAAGCGCAGGGUGGAGAUGGAAUUCUUCAGCGAAUUAAGAGAAUAAUUUAUGAUGCCAAGUCUACUGUGGGAUCUGUUUUCAAGAGUUCCCCCCUUCUGGGCUGCUUUCUCUUUGGUCUACCACUGGGUGUCAUCAGCAUCAUGUGUUAUGGAAUUUGUACUGCUGACACUGAUGGAGGGCCAGAUGAAGCUGAGGCAUCUAAGAAGGAAACAACAGGCAGGGAGCUGACUGAUGAAGGCACUGAAGAAGAACAAGAGGAAGAAAACAGUGAGAACCCUUUAGAACUUCAGGGUGGAGAACAAGAACAGAAAACUAUACUGGAAAAGAAAAAAAACUAAAUUGCUUUUUUCCCUGUAGAAUUGCAAAAUAGAGACUUAUUUAUUGAAUUCAUCUAUUUACCUGUGACCUUCAAAGAUGAGGACUUUUUUUGUUUUACAUGCAUGUGUUCCAGUUGUUUGGCUGUAAAGAUGAAUGGGUGGGUUUCAAAGUCCUUUGCUAUAUCCUGCUAAAGCAAAUUAAGGAAUAUACAUGGGCUUUUUUACAAUGAUGAACUUGAAGGAUGCUUUUUCCCUCUUCUAGCUGCUGAUAACAGUGGUUAAAAAAUAUUUUAACAAUUUUGCCAACGUAAAUAAAGCUCUUAAAAAAAAGAAGAAGAGGAAGCAGGAAUGUUCUCAGCCAAGAGUGAAAUAUGUAAAUACUACUGAGCUUUAGAAACAAUGGGAAAUAUGCCUGUGGGACCUUACAUAAAUGCUUUUUUUAAUACUACAGCUUUGAAAAGCAAUACCUUUUUCAUUUUUAAAGAAAAACUUAAGUUCUAGAUAAUCUGUUACAGAAAUCUCAUGGCAGUGCUAAAGACAAGUAGUGCAGUCUCCCUAGAGUUGCAGGUUUUUUAUAUGCAAGUUUAAUAAUAUUCAAGAUAGCAUUUGCUUACUGGGUCCAUUUGCUGUUGCAUUAUAUUGAUCCAAUAUGGUGCAUUAUUAAAGAUUUACUUAUGUAUUUAACUUAAAAGAAAAAUACUCAGCUUUUAGAUGAGGUUUCUCCAAAUCUGAGGGCUGCAUUUGUUCAUGAUGACAUUAGUGGAAUAAUUUUUCUGUGUGUCUACUGCACAGUUAAUGACAAGUGUUUCUUCAGUAUGCCAAAAUAUUUUUCGAGUGGGUUAAAUCAUCUGGCAACUCUGAUUUCUGCAAGUGAAACGUGGUUACUUGAACAAAUAUUUUAUUGGCUUGUUAUUGGUGAUACCUGCAUUUGACAUCCCAACUACAUGAUGAUUGGGGAGGGCAAGUUAAUUAUCUCUAGCACUGAUAACUUUUAUAGAAAAGGGAGGUAUUUGUCAGUGUAAUGCAUUUUCAUUAACUGUUUAAUCAUAUAAGUCAUCUUUAAUACUGCCCCAUGCCAUUGAAAGCAAAUAAGCUCUCUCCAGAGUUAAGAUCUCAAGGGAUAAGCUUAUAAGGUAGUGUUUGGAGUAUUGAUACCAUGGUGAUUACCAUAGCAACCAAGCCUGUGCUGCUCAUUUUCAGGACUAAGAAUGUGUCACAUUCAAUUGGAAAACUGAAACACAACAGCUUCCAAGCUUGUGGGUCAUGGUACAACAGGUAUAAUAUGUAUGUCUACAUAGCAUGUACAUUCUCAAAAUAUUCAAAGAAAUUUUAAGCUUGAAUAAAAAAAGUUUAAGGAAUUAAGAUGUGAAGUUAGUAUCUCCUAAAGGUAGAAUACCCCAUCCUGUAGACAGAAAAUUCUAGUAACAUCUAAAACAAAGGAACUUUUACACAUUCUAAGCAAACAAGUUUGACUUACAAAGUUUUGUUGAUUGGAAUAAAAUUAUGCUGACACUAACAUGGCAGUUUUGAAAAAGGGCAUGGAUUUUCAAAGUAGGACUCUCCUUGGUAAACAUGAAUAGUGUUUUUAAAAGUAGAAAGCAAUGAAAAAUGUAAAAGCAUCUAGUACUUUUAUUGACAAUUGUUCUCUAGCCAAAGAAUAAUUUGCUGUGUUUCAUUUAUAGGGAACAAAUAUUUUAACUGUGGCAGUUUCGCUGUAUGAGGGAAAUUUGCUUCUAGUUUUUGUUUAAAUUUAAAUCGGGUUGUGUUAGUUCUAAAUAUUGGGAGAGGUUAUUUUAUAAAUGGUAUUUUAUUUUCAAAGUGUUUGAGACGUGUUUUGAGUUUUGUCUUGUCCUGUCCUGUGUAGUCGGCUUUUCACAUAAUUAUGGUCUCUUCCAGUGCUGCAAAACUCCCCUAUGCUGUAAACUCUAAGAUAAAAUAUCAGCAGGAUUCUUAGUAUGGGGAGGAAAGUGUCCAUCAGACUCUAUUGGAAUAGCAUUUCCUUUUUGUUGGUGUUAUAUGUUGUUUACGGAAGCAGUGAAUGUUCCUGCAAGGCAUUUGAAUUCAACCUUUUCACAUGCUUGCUUAAUUUUGUGUUCUUAUAUAUUUGUUCCUUUAGGUAUAAAUAACAGCUACAUGCUAUACACUUUUUUAUAGUGCAGAACCGUGAGAGUGUGCUUUAAAAAAAUCCUAGCAUUUAUACCAACUAUAUAAUGUUAAGCAGCAUUUGAGUGGUUUGGACAUGGACAGUUAAAAAGGGUGUGUCUACUAUUCAGCUUAUGAAAUGUCAAACUCCCCUGUGUUUAUCAAACUCAAAUAUACUGCCAUUUCAUUUCAGCUUCAUAACAUUGCAGUUAAAGUAGAUUUAAGUGAAUAUUCCCCUUUUUAUGUUGGGAAUGAAGAAAAUGACUAUUUUUUUGUUCAUGUGAAGAGCUUCAUACAGACUGUAUCUAUUUUAACUUGAAUGGCAGCACUGUAACUUUAUUUUACCUUGUUGAAUUUAUCAACUGUAAAUGUUUUUUUUCUACAAUACAAUAAUAAAACAUUUAAAAAUA